AUGUUGAUGUACCUCAAAGCACUAAUGACUCAGUGCCGGGCGCUGUACAAUGCGCUGGCCUUAUCUGGGGCCCGCAUUCACCGCCUCAGACCACCGCCCCCCGGGGCCGGGGGCCGCCUCCCGGAGCCCAUUUUCCGGCUGCGUGCGCCGCCACCGCCGCCUCACGCGCCGCUGCCUCUCAAUCGGUUGUCCGUCAGCCCGCGCCGUCCUGAUAAUGCCCGCCCAGCAAGUGGCCGAAACUACACGCCGCACUGGGACAGCGCCUUCAUUACGGCGGCAGCGAGGCUGCACCCUGCGGGCUCAGCUGGCUGGACCCCAACAGCUGGCGACUUCGUGAAGUUCGGGUUCACAAUGGCCAGCACGACAACCCUGUUGGCGUGGGGACUGCUCUCCUACAAGGAAGCGUACAAGUCGGCGGGUCAGUUGCAGUAUGCAGUGGACGCAGUGAAGUGGGCGACAGACUACUUCAUAAAGUGCCACGUGGCUCCCACGGAGCUGUACGGUCAGGUUGGUGAUUUCGACCUCGACCACAAAUACUGGGGUCGGCCAGAGGAGCUCAACAUGUCGCGGCCCGCCUUCAAGAUUGACGCCCAGCACCCAGGUUCCGAUCUGGCAGGGGAGACAGCAGCAGCCUUGGCAGCAGCUUCGCUAGUGUUCCGAGGGGACAAGCCAGAAUAUGCGGACCUGUGCCUACGUCAUGCGCGAGAGCUGUACCACUUCGCCAACCAACACCGCGGUCUCUACCACGAGAGCAUCCGCGGUGCCGAACCCUACUACGAGUCCACCGACUAUGGUGAUGAACUGACAUGGGCUGCAGCAUGGCUGUACAAGGCAACAAAUGAAUCACAGUUUUUGGAUGAAGCUGAGCACCACUAUAUGAAAUUCAGAUUGAAAGAAAGGCCAAAUGAAUUUUUUUACAAUAAGAAGGUUGCUGGUGUUCAGGUUCUGAUGGCACAGCUCACCAAACAAAAAGAGUAUGUGGAAGCUGCACAAGCAUUCUGUGAUUUUACUGUUGAUCACCAAAAGAGAACACCUAAAGGACUGGUGUACAUUGAUAAGUUUGGAACGCUCUGCCAUGCAGCGAAUGUUGCAUUUGUUUGUUUACAGGCAUCAGAAGCAGGUUUAGGAGGCAGGAAAUAUGUGGAUUUUGCUCGACGCCAAAUCAACUACAUGUUGGGAGAUAGUGGGCGAAGUUUUGUUGUUGGCUACGGAGACAAUCCGCCAAAACAACCAUAUCAUGCUGCCAGCUCAUGUCCAGACUUACCUGCACCCUGUGACUGGGAAGCCUUUCGAAGCAAAGAGCCCAACCCGCAAGUGUUGUAUGGCGCACUUGUCAGUGGCCCAGAUGAGAAUGACUUCUUUGAGGACAAGCGUGAAGAAUAUGUUUACACUGAAGUGACUCUGGACUACAAUGCUGGCUUCCAGUCAGCUGUGGCUGGUCUUCUCCAGGAUGAACUGAGAUCUCUUAAAGUGCAGUGAAUGAUACAAAUACUCAUGGUGUCUUAAAAAACAUGAUUUCUGACGGUGUUGCUGUUACUCUCUCAGCGAUUAUGCUGAACCAACUUAAAACUUCUUGUAGUUUUAUGGGAGUAAAAAUGAGAUAUGAGGCACUAUAAGAACUUUGCUAACAGGAACUCUAUUUCAAAAUAAUUACAAUGUGUCAAAUCAAAGGACAAUUUCUUUUCGCCCACAAACAAUAAAAUGUUUACAUUGGAUUCAUAUAUUUCUUAACACCCAAAACUACAAAAAAAUAUGUUACUGUGAUUGAUAGGUGUAAUUUUCACAUUUUUCCAUGUGCAAUUUAUGCCAAAUUAAUCUGUGAUGGUAGACAAAUGUUAUCAACCAGACCAGUAAUAAAACUUAAUAUCAUCAUUUAUAGUAGUUCUCUAGUUUCAGAGGAAUGCUUCAUGAAGAUUUAUGAUAGGAAAAUGUGAAUUCCUAUCCUGGUAUCAGAAACGAAGAAAAGCUGACACAGUGCUGGCAAUAAAAGCAGAGAUCUAGCCCUUAUUUCCACCUAAAACACAAUCUGCAUUUGCUAUGGUACACUUAAUUACUGCACUGUAACAUUAGGGACAACAUGUCUGUUUUAUGGUCUGAAAAUAUUGUGUAGUUUUCUUAUUUUCUCAAUGAACCAAGUGAUGAUAGCCUUAUAUUUCCAUGCAUUCAUGUGAGAUGUAAGGUGUCUAUUAUACAAGUAUAUACUUCAUGAAAAGUUUUUAAUUCUCUGAAAAUAACUGUAGAGGAACUCUCAAUGGUUUAAAAAUUCAUAUCCAUCGUUAUCCAACACACUCUCGAUGCUAUAUGUCUUCCUUCUAUACCUACACUAGCAAAUAAAUGUAAUUUGAAAAGCCUUUAUUAAAGAGUUGAAGCUGGACAAUCAAAUUAAACAGAAAUGAAGUAGUAGAAAGUAAAAAAUAUUUACAAAAAUAGCCUAACAAAAUAAGUCAGAAGCUCAGAAACUUGUGCCGCACUUUAGAACAUACAUGUCAUUGUUCUGCAAUUUUUGUAAAAUAUUUGUUUUAUUAUUAUUAUUAUUAUUAUUAUUAUUAUUAUUACUAUUAUCUGUAUGUGUGCCAAAUAAAUUAUGUAAAUACUUUUGAACUUGUAAAUUGCCUUUUAAUGAUAAAAUCAGAAGACUAUUGAAUUUAUACCUAAAAUUGACCACUUUUAAGGGAGAAGUGCAUAAAAGUAAUAUGUAAUUGUGACUAUAAAUAACGUUUCUCUUCUGGAGUCUCAUAAGAGUAUAUUUUCUGAGAAUGUAAUUAUGCUGAUGGUGCUUUCAAAAGUAGUAAAUUCUAAAAUAUAGACUGGAAUGAAUAUGUAUUGUGUGUCUUUGUUUAAGUUUAUAUGAUGUAAAAGGAACUUUCUUUGUUAGUUUAUGUAAUUAUCUGUGAUAUAAUAUUAAAGAUUAAAGUAAUACAUGUCACAAGAUUAUGCCUUUCAGAUUGCUUUAUUUCAGCUUCUGAUUAAUUCCAUACCUGUACAGCCAGUUUUAUACACUGCACAUAUAUUACAGAAAAAUCUGUGAAUGUUUUGGAUAGUUAACCACCUACUCCUAAAUUAAUUAAAAAUAUGGAGAAAGCAUU